AUGACAAGCUUUGCCAACAAUUACCACAACCAUGUGGACGAUCUCGCAAACCCGCGAGCAAGAAGAUCGUACGUCGAGGCUUCCACCGGUCCAGACUUUCCACGUAGCGCUAGCUACACAUUUUUGGGACAUGCGGCAACAAAGAAUCCCGCUUACAACGCGCCCAUGCCCAUCACCAAUAGAGGCAGCUUUUGCGAACAAGAUUUGAUCGCUCCUAUGGUGGACGACAGUACCGACACCUCGCCGCCUGAGUCGUCCGGCUGGUCGACACCUGCUGACGACCAGAUGAUGGCUGUCAGCCUGCCUCAGGACCUGGUCGCCGAGCUACAUAAGAGUCCCAAGAUCACAGUCACGGCGAAUAGCGAGCACAACCCAAGUCCNCCCGCCUCGCUCAAGGAUGGAACGUCAAGUAUAGACUCAGCCAAAGUCCUUCCUGCUCCCAAGCUCGUCGGCAGCGCUCGAUCCCCCUCGAAGUCAAGGUCUCUAGCCAAACGCCUGAGCAGGAGGCUGUCUAGCGCGCCCCUUUCACGCUCACCCUCUCCUUCACCAGCGAACCGAACACGCGAGCCAAAAGUCGAUGAGCCUGUCCAAGAUUCUGCAGGUGAUUCAACACCAGUGGCCAACCGACCGGUAGUCCCUCGCAGGAAGUCGAUGUUCCGAAGACGGGACUCGGAGAAGAACAAGGAAGAUGAUACCCAGGCCGCAGAAGGUGGUGGGUUCCUGGCCAGAAAGGGCACGGUGCUUAAGAGAAGAUCGCUCAAACCUGUUGCUCCUACAGCUAGAGCAUCUAUGGAAGAGCCUACCAAAUCUCAACCGCCGAUGCCGCAGCUGCCCAAAUCCUUCUCGACAGACAGAUUGCACACCACUUCACAGUUGCAUCCCGGUCGUGCGAACCCCAUGCCACCAUUGGCUUCCGCUGAGAAGUACCAAACUCUACCCGCACUUACUUUACCUCGUAAGAAAGAUGAGCUAUGGAGUGUUUUCAGAUCGCUCGAUGGCGACUACACCAAAUUCCAGUCCAAGUCGAGCACUCUAAAAGCAAAUGUAGUCAGAUCUUCGCUUUUGCCCUUCCUACGAAACUAUGCCGAUCAUCCAUCGAACCUCGCAUUACGAGCAGAAGAUCUGGACAGACGCACCAACAUCCUCAACAAGUGGUGGACUGGCCUUCUUGAUAUGCUCCAUGGAAGAAACAAUCAGUCAAUUUCCGGCACUGACCGUCCGGCCAUUCUGGACGGCAUAUCAGGCAUAAUGGAUCGUCAAGAAUGGCGCCUCUCCCCCUCUCCACUCUGCCCUCUAGAUCGAAGGAACGUUGUCGUACCCGUAAGAAACAAGUCAACAACAUCCUUGUCUUCGACCGGUAUCGACUUNUUGACUGAAUCGGUUCACCACAACGUACGGAAUAUGUUUGUACAAAAUCUGAACUCCCAGAUGGCCUUUGUGGUUGACCGAAUGUCGCUCAAAAACGCAUCUGCCAGUUUGGUCACCUUUUGCGGAAAAGCUACCGCCUAUGCUUUCUUCUUCUGUCCGGGAAUCGCGGAGGUGCUUGUGCGCCUGUGGGAUGCGCCAACAGAAGUCAUGCGUAGAGUUCUUUCCGAAAGUGGUGUAAGCAGAUUCGACAAUCUCGCUGAGACUGCUGCAAGGAUCAACUCAGCNUUUCCUCCCUCUAUGCAAUCCUUGGGCUUUAUCUCGCUGGGUAAGAUGCUCAAACACCUCAGAACGCAAACACCUUUGCCCCUUGGAACAGCAAACAUUCAAUGGUAUGGAUAUUGGCUUGAACGCUGGUCAGGUCGCGAGAGUGACCUCUUCUUCGCUUUUGUCAAGCACUUCCAUAUCCUUGUCGCCGAUUAUCUGCCAUCGGAUGCUACUAAGAGGGAAAGAAUCUGCGUUCCAGGUCUCCUGUUUGUGCACUCUCAGAUCUUGGUCAAUCUCGAUUCUACCAUUCACCGUGAUGCGGGUCAAUUACACGGUGAUCCUUCAAACAACAUUUCUCCUACUUUUGACGAUGUUCUGGUUGAUCCAGAUGCAGUUGCGUCAACUUUGCCUCUACCACCUACUAAUGCUAUCCGAAUAAUGGCGGAAAAUCGCCUGAUAAUGCUAAUUCGAGACUUUCUAUCAGAGAGAGCCCUAGAGCAUCCUUUUGCUCGACAACUUUUUGCGGAGUCAUUUGCACGUCUGCUACAAGCAGGUGCACGUGGCAUAUCCGUUUACAACCAUCUUGCCUGCUACACUCUUUGCGACUUCCUGGAAGAAGCAUUCCCGAUCAUCGUUCGAUACGAGCAGAUGCAUCCUUCGCAGUCAUGCCUUAUCGACACAGACUUCUGGAUCGACGUGUGCAAGAGAAUGGUUUUCAGUCAAAACACAAUGACCGAAAUCAGACUGUUCGCUUUUCUAUUCACAAUCUGGAGCAUAGUCAAUAGCAGCCCAGACCGCAAGACCAAGAUAUGCAUCGACCUUCUGCUCGACCAAGAAGUCUUCGAGAAGACCUUCAACCACUGGUGCCCCAUGGUACGCGCCUACUACAUGCGACUGCUCUGCUGGCGUCUUGGUCGUCACGAUGGGGAGGAAUCUUCGGGUGAUAAGUUGAUCUUUGAGACACUUCUGCAGCGUCUACAGGUGGUUUGGUCACACUUUUUGUGGCAAAGACAACAGGCCGCUCAGGGAAAGAUGCUGCCACCUUCAACAACNCCCUGCAAUCCUGCCCCUAGUAGACGUCUGUUGAUUAUUCGUACCGAUACUCAGGUUGCACCGGGCGGCUCUUUCUUGGCCUUCGACGGAAUCGUACCACCUCAUCCAUCGGCCCCGAUUGGAGCUCCUAGCCAGGCUUGGAAAAGAGAUUCGGUCAUUUCACAGGCAGCUUCAUUGGACAUUCGACCCACUUCAUCGGCAUCUUCUGAUUUCGGCAUGGAACUUGAGCGCCCAGAGAGUGGCGGUCUACGUGGCUUCCUUCGCAGCAUAAUCGGAGGCAAGAGCCGCUCGAAGGCGGCAUCUGUUUCGACAGUCAAGACACCCCCGUCCGCUUCCUUACCACCCGCUCCAGAAACUGGUGGCAAAUUGACCCGAUCAGCAACAACCGCUACCCAGGCACCACGAUCACGUGCUUCUGCUAUUAAGCAGUCGCCCCAGGUGACACCCCUGGCCAGUCGGGCCACAUCACCGAUCAGGCACCGAAACUUCUGCUUCAAGUUCUCUCUUGAAAUGCACCCUAAAGCACACCACCCCACUGCCAUGCGUCUAGUAUCACCCCGACUUCCUCUCGCCGCGCAUCUCUACCUUCAACAGGAAAAUGGCGACGAGUCAGCGAUCCAAGCUGCCGAACCUGUCGGCGAGGCUAAGGCCCAGUCAACAUACUCUGGUCGAGCUCUAGCCGAGUGGAUGUGCAUCCUUAUGGAGUGCCAGGGCUUNUUUGAGCGCAGAAAAGGCGAGGGAGUGCCUACCAACAAGCACGUCGAGACCCCAACACUGGGCGUCGAAGUCUUUGGCAAGAGCAGAUGA